CUUGUAUAUAUAUAAUUGCAUCACAUCGAGAAGCACAUCGUGAUAUCUUUCGCCAUUCUAUAACUAUAACUAUCAUCUUUCAACUUUCAACUCUCUACACUCGCUUAACAAGAAACCAAAUACACACGUAGUUUUAAUACUUAAUAUUCAGCUAUUCGAUAUGCAGAUCAACGCUAUUCUCGCAACUCUCUUCGCGGCUACCGCCUCGGGUGCCGCUAUCAAGUCGAGAUACGCAUCUGGGUUCACCGUAUCCAACUUCACGGCCUCUUGCAUUCCUCACAGCGUCUUGUGCACUUACGAGUUCUAUGCUAUUACUGAUCCGGCCUCGGCAUCGCCUUCUGGUAAUCCAGAGCCGGCAAAGUGCUCUCUCAUGCUCCAGGGUCCUGACUACCUGCCGGCUGUUGGCUUGACGGGGUGCGCCGAGAAAGGGGCGUACUCGUGGGCCGUUGAUAAGGUUGAGGGUGGCCUAAAGCUCAGUGUCACAACGCCCCAGGACUCCCACAGCAACUACACCGGCGUGUACGAAAUAACCUCGGACCAGCUCGUCACUGAGCAGCACGGUGCUUCUAUUUCUCAGAGGUACACUGGCCCGGCUGGGUUUCCCAUGACCCUUGGAGCAUAAGCGUGGAAGUGUGCUUUAUAUUAGCCAGUCUAGAUGAAGUUCAGGAGACGAGAAGGGGAAUUGCUAGUAAUUUAUUAGAGGUGUGGUAGUAUAGAAGACGGUAGCGAUACCUUAAAGAGAUGGAAAUUAGCGUAUUUAAAAGGGGAGGUACUUGAAAAAUUCGCGAGAGGUCGAGCCAGAAGUUUAUACAUAAUUGUGUGGGAUGUAUAUGAGAAGCAACAUUAGAUACUUGACUUUUAGCAAUGCAACGAUACCCAGUUCGCUAUUA